AUGGUGAGAUGCAGAUUUGCUCUCCUGUAGUCUGUGCCUUUUUUUGUCUUUUCGGUCAGGCGUAUCUCAACCAGUUCUACUCUCUUGAAAUAGAAGGGAGCCAUCUCGUUCAAAGCAAAAACGGGAGUCUCCUAGACGGCAAAAUUCGGGAAAUGCAAGCGUUUUUUGGAUUGACAGUGACUGGAACGCUGGAUUCAAACACUCUUGAGAUCAUGAAAACACCCAGGUGUGGGGUGCCUGAUGUGGGUCAGUAUGGCUACACUCUCCCUGGGUGGAGAAAAUACAACCUCACAUACAGAAUAAUGAACUACACUCCAGAUAUGGCAAGAGCGGAUGUGGAUGAGGCCAUCCAAAAAGCUUUGGAAGUAUGGAGUAAGGUUACUCCGCUCACAUUCACCAAGAUUUUCAAGGGGAUUGCAGACAUCAUGAUUGCCUUCAGGACUCGAGUCCAUGGUCGGUGUCCUCGUUAUUUCGACGGCCCUUUGGGAGUCCUCGGCCAUGCUUUUCCUCCUGGUCUGGGUCUGGGUGGUGACACUCACUUUGAUGAGGAUGAAAACUGGACCAAGGAUACAGCAGGAUUCAGUUUGUUUCUUGUGGCUGGUGAUGAAUUUGGUCACGCUCUGGGGCUCUCUCAUUCCAAUGAUCAGACAGCCUUGAUGUUUCCAAACUAUGUCUCCCUGGAUCCUAGCAAAUACCCACUUUCUCAGGAUGAUAUCGAUGGAAUCCAAUCCAUAUAUGGAGGUCUACCUACCACACCUUCUAAGCCAAAAGGACCCAAAAUACCCCAUGCCUGUGAUCCUGACUUGACUUUUGACGCUAUCACCAACAUCCGCAGAGAAGUAAUGUUCUUUAAAGGCAGGCACCUGUGGAGGAUCUAUCAUGAUAUCACCGACGUGGAAUUUGAAUUAAUUGCUUCAUUCUGGCCAUCUCUGCCAGCUGAUCUUCAAGCUGCAUAUGAGAACCCCAGAGAUAAGAUUCUGGUUUUUAAAGAUGAAAACUUCUGGAUGAUAGGAGCCUAUAAUGUGUUGCCACGGUAUCCCAGGUCCAUCCAUAUACUUGGCUUUCCAAGAUAUGUGAAGAAAAUUGAUGCAGCUGUCUGUGACCAAGACACGAGAAAAACCUACUUUUUUGUGGGUAUUUGGUGCUGGAGGUAUGAUGAGAUGACCAGAACCAUGGAUAGAGGUUACCCGCAGAGGAUAGUGAGACACUUUCCAGGGAUUGGGCUCCGUGUUGAUGCAGCUUUCCAGCACAAGGGUUUCUUCUAUUUCUUUCGUGGAUCAAAGCAAUUUGAAUAUGACAUUAAGGCAAAGAGCAUUACCCGAAUAAUGAGAACCAAUACUUGGUUUCAGUGUAAAGAACCAUUAAAUUCAUCACUUGAUUUUCAUUUCAACCAGGAAAAAGCAUAUUCAGGAGAAGUGGAGACAUUGCACCAUCAGAGUUUAAGCUUGCUCAUUUUCAGUAUUGUCCAUCUGCUGAACAAAAUAUGUAGCUAUUAAUAAAUUCAUAGACCUAACAUAAACUUCAAAAAGUCUUUAAUCAGAACUGCUUCUUAAAGUAGAAUACAACCAUUUUUAA